UCGGACUCGUUAAAGGGAAAAAAAGCUUCUGCCAGUUUGUGGUGGUGGAGUUCUGGAAGCUCCUUCAUAGUGUUCUUCUGAAAACACUGCUACUGGAAUGUUCUUGCACAACACUUUCAGACUUGGACAGCCAUGUGAGAGAGGCACUCUGGCAGUGUGGUUACGGUGCCAGCUGGAUUGUUGUGACGACUGCCGGGCUCCGUCCCAGGAGUGAAGUUGGGAGCCGAGAGCUGCUGGUGGCGUUUGGGUGGGUGUUGUCUUCAGGGAGCCUGCUGGAGGCCCUGCUGAGAGCAAGAUCCCUGGAGCUGGAUAUCCUCUCACUCCCACCCACGAUCUCACUGAGUAGCCCCAGAGAGGGAGGCUCCCUUGGGGAUGUAGAUGGCCAAGGAGGCCUGAAGGAAGACGGACUCCUCAGGAGACUCCAAUGGCAGUAUGGGAAACUCAGGUUCCAGUGGCGGAGGUUGCUCUCCAUUCAAGAGGAAAGAGCUAGACUCCUUCACCAGGUCCUUUCCUCCAGCACAAUGCCCUCCACGUCCACCUCCCAGCCCUCUUCUGAUGACCAUCACAGCAUGUGCUCAACUGCCCUGAAAAAGGAGGUGGAGCGUCUACAGACUCUCAGUCAGCUGUUGGAGGCCUACCUGGAGUGGAAGAGACAGGAGCCACUCUUCUGGUGCUGGAUGGAUAGUGUUGUGGACAGCCAGCUCUCAGACCUGAGAGAGGAGGACACUGUAGAGAACAUGUCACCUGUACACCAAGUUGUCAAUAGGUGCUUUCCCUACGGUUACAAGGACAAGGAGGGUCUGGAACAACUGGACAACAUGCUGCUGAGGCUGCACACAGGGCUGAAGGACACAUACACAAGACAGAACAGAAAAGCGCAGAGUGUUCUUCAAGACGCUGAGGAGUUGGAGGAGAUUGAGAGGAGAGUGGCUCUCAGGCUGCAUGGCUUGGCUGAGUCCUGUACUUCAACUCCUACAUCUGGUUGCUGUAGUUAUAGGCCAAGUCUCCAGGGGCCACAGCCACUUCCCAACCAUCACCAGCCUUGUAGGCCAGGGUCUGUGCUCCCACAAGCCUGUGAUGGGGCAGUGCUGCCAGGCAAGGUGUCUGGGACAGGCACGGUGAUGGUCCAAGUCCAGGCCACCUCACUGAUCGUCAAGCUGCAGCAGAGAGAGGACUUCCUGCUGGGGGAACUGGGCCAGAUGAGGCAGGCAAAGCGGGGACAGAUCCAGGAGAAGACAGCCAGCUGGCUGGAGGGGGUUGGAGUUGUCCUCAUCCCUCCUCUCCCUCUCAAGAGAUAAACACUAACAGGAUGCUACUUCAGGGUGUCUGCGUGCAAGCGAGUGAACAGGAUGCUGUUCAGCUCGGUGGCUGACAGACUGUCUGUCCCCAGACUACUUUCAUAGAAAUAGAAUGACUAGAAGGUGCAAAGCUGCUCAACAAUUUGUGGCUAUAUGUUCUAUUAAUUAUAUUUAUAUGUCUACUGCUAAUAUAUUAUGAUGCAAUUGACUGCAUGUGAUAUAUUUCAAAUGACAUCUGAAAUGCACAUGAAUCAGUUGAAAUCAA